AACACAACACACACACAAACACAAACACAAACAAGACCAAUGCCAACCAUCACCAUCAGCGCCACUACAGUAUCACACACACAUCAUUUGAAGAAGAAAAAUGCCACAUUCGUCUAGUAGUAGUAGGAAUAAGCGUCUCUUUACCUUGGUGGCUCCCUGUGCAAUGACAGUGUUCUUGGGCCGUACUUUGCUAUUGGGCUUUCGAGGUUGUGGUACCGUUGGAGCCACUUGUUGGGGAUCUUCUACCAAUGGAAUUCGAGCACAACGCCUUGCUCAAUUUCGAGGCGGAGGGCAGUCGGAGAAUACCAAAAAGAUUUACCGGACAUUGCAAGUACAGGUAGUCCACAGACACGGAGAUCGGUCUCCCAUUACGCCAUUGAAAGAUGAAGACUAUUGGGCCAAGACUCUAAUACCUCCCGAGCUACUCGACAAAAUUUCAUCCAAUACCAAUGUCAUUACCACGCCGGGAGAAGAAAACACACAUGCAGCUCAUGGACGAGGACCCUUUGGAAAACUCACACAAUUGGGGCUCUUUCAACUGGUAGAAUUGGGCAAUAAACUGCGAGAAGAACUAGUGGCACCAGUGACUGAAAACGAAGAGGAUGAUGAAGAUCAUCACCUAAUACCCGAUCCACUCAAUCCCCAACACCACAAAAUCUAUCCGUACCCCUGGCAUUCCCAACGACCCCUCCAACCCAGCAAUAUCAAAAUCGUCAGUACCAACUUUCCACGGACCAUUCAAUCCGUGCAGGGACUUCUCGUGGGCCUGUUUCCCGACGGAACACCGGGAGAAACCAUUGACAUUGAUGCCCGACAUACCGAAAUACUCAUUCCCGAUCCACAACCCCGACGGACACCCGAACAAAUCCAACUCGAAGCCCAAUUGGCCAAAUUGCCGCACUUGAAACAGCGAGACUUGGAACUCCAACCGGUAGCGGUCCGCAUGACUGCGGCACUCCGGGAUAGUCUCGGGGAAGGAGCCUUUGGUGUUUCCUUUGGAGUGGGAGAAGAAAAAGACGAAGGCAACAACAACAACAAUCAACAACCCGUCUUGGCAUAUACACAACUUGCCGAAAUUACCAAAUGCCUCGAAGUGCGCAAUCGUCUUCCACCCACCAUUACCAAGCAAGACAAGGACAAAAUUGCAACCCACACUGCCUGGCGAUGGUUUGAAGCACUCCGUCAUCCACGCCUCAUUUAUCUCGCCAUGAAUCCCAUGGUACAACGCAUGGUCGAUGCCAUGCAUCGACACGAAACGGAACCACCCGUCAUUGUCUACAGUGCCCAUGAUUCUACAUUGAUUGGAUUGCUCUGUGGGUUUCGACUCGAACCACCCACCGUGUGGCCGGAAUAUGGAUCCUAUCUCAAACUGGAACUUUUGCAAGUCACGUGCCUGCAAACGCAAAGCAAAAGUCAUGUGGUCCGAUUCUCGCUCAAUGGGAAUGUGUUGAAGAGUGUCUGGGAAGACGACAAAGAAGAACCAAUGGUGGAGAUACCGUUGGAGCUGCUCACGCACAAGAUCAAGACUGUGGGGGCAGUGGCGUAAUAUAUAGAUAGAUGCUAGUAUAUAGCUGUUUGCCAAUGCUUCGAUAACUUUACUACGGUACUCCGACAAAGAGUACACCAACAAUACACACUUCUGUAGAAGUAACUAAUUAGACUAGCUAGAGAUUGGUGAUUGCUUAGUUGUUUUAGCCAAGACAAAUCUCUA